AUGCUUCUGGUGUUCUCUAAGCUGGACCCUAAAAGCGACAACGUUUUUAAGCUCCAAUUUGAACCGACGUCGUUUCUCAAAUCGCCUCAAAACGGUAUAACCAUCUGUGAAGCGGUCUCUGACUUACCAACUGAUAAGAGACCUUUGAAUUGGAGCGAGGAAGGAGAAGACAGAGGAGAUAAAAUGGAAUUAGCCGUUAAAACCCUUUUCUUGGGAGUAAACCCCAAGUUAAUAAAUUACAAACAUACACUAGAUGUUGCCUUUCCAAAUCUUUCUUGCAAAUCAGCAACCGUUUCCCAUCAAACAAGAGACAUCUCUCAAGGAUAUCGUGUUAGGUUAAGGGAAAACCACAGAUGCUUUUCUCCUGUUUCUGCUGUACUAUCAGGUGCACAAGAUGUUGAAGUAUCUUCUUCUCAAUUUGAAGAAUUCUCAGUAAAAGCUUCAAGUACCAAUGAAGCUGGAGAACUAAGGAUCAGCGUAGAGGUAUCUGGUGCCAGAACUAGAGAAAUAUUUGACAAUGUGUUUGACAAAAUGGUUUCUGCGGCUCAGCCAAUUCCUGGCUUCCGAAGGGUGAAAGGAGGAAAGACACCAGAUAUACCUAGAGACAUUUUGUUAGAAGUCCUUGGACCUUCAAAAGUUUACAAGGAAGUGAUCAAGAAAGUUAUUAACUCUACUGUAGCUGAGUAUGUUGAAAAGGAAGGUUUAAAAGUCAGUAAAGACUUGAGAGUCGAGCAAAGCUUCGAAGAUCUUGAAGACAUAUUUGAACCAGAUGAAGAAUUCAGCUUUGUUGCAGUCCUUCAGCUUCAAGAAAUGAAUCAACAACAUCUUGAGAGUUAAUGAAAUUUUGUACUUUUCUUUUUUAUUUUUAUUUUCCUUUUUAUGAAGUUGUUCUGAAGAUAUAUACUAUUUGGACAUGGUUUUAAGAUAAGGUGAAUAGAGAUAUAUCGUUGGGAUUACAUACCCCAUAUCGGAAAAUAAAAGUUGCAACAUUGUUUUA